CCCUGCCAGGUUCACACUGUUAGGUCAGGAUGAGGGGGCUGCUCGCAUUCGCCGCGCUGUUUGUGGCCGUUCUCGGCAAGGACACAUUUAACGGUCAUCAGGUGCUUCGCAUCGUUGCAAAGGAUGAAGCCCAGCUGUCUCUUAUCAAGGAGCUGGAGGACAUGGUCCAGUUCGAGCUGGACUUCUGGAGGGGGGUGACUGAUGUGGCGACUCCCGUGGAUGUCAGAGUUCCCUUCCACAGCCUGCAGUCCAUCAAAAUUCACCUGGAGAGUCUGGACAUCGAGUACUCCAUCAUGAUCCAAGACCUCCAGGCGAUGCUGGAUGAGGAGCAGGAGGAGAUGGAGUCCACUGCUCGUCUUGCUGAGCCCAGAAACACUGACAGCUUCGACUACUCUAGGUACCACACCAUCAGCGAGAUCUACAGUUUCCAGGACAUGCUGGUGGCUGAGAAUCCCAAACUGGUCAGCAAGAUUGUGAUCGGUCAGAGCUACGAGGGUCGUCCCCUGAAUCUGCUCAAGUUCAGCACUGGUGGAACCAACCGUCCCGCCAUCUGGAUCGACACUGGAAUCCAUUCCAGAGAGUGGGUCACUCAGGCCAGCGGCACCUGGUUCGCCAAGAAGAUUGUGACUGAUUAUGGAACUGACCCCGUUCUCACCGCCAUCCUCAACAAGAUGGACAUCUUCAUUGAGAUUGUGACCAACCCUGAUGGCUUCUACUACACUCACAACUCAAACCGUAUGUGGCGUAAGACCAGGAAGCCCAACUCCGGCUCCAGCUGUGUGGGAGUCGAUCCCAACAGGAACUGGGAUGCUGGUUUUGGAGGAGCUGGUGCCAGCGGCAACCCCUGCUCAGAGACCUUCCGUGGACCCAGGGCUAACUCUGAGUCUGAGGUCAAGUCCAUUGUGGACUUUGUGAAGUCCCACGGUAACUUAAAGGCCUUCGUCUCCAUCCAUUCCUACUCCCAGAUGCUCCUGUACCCCUACGGCUACACCAAUACUCCAGCCAAGGACCAGGUCGAGCUGCACAAUCUGGCUAAGAAGGCCAUCACUGACCUGGCCUCUCUGUACGGUACUAGCUACAGAUUCGGCAGCAUCAUCCACACCAUCUACAAAGCGAGCGGUUGCACCAGUGACUGGACCUACAACCAGGGCAUCAAGUACUCCUACACCUUCGAGCUGAGGGACACCGGCCGUUACGGCUUCAUCCUGCCAGCCGAUCAGAUCAUCCCAACCGCCAAGGAGACCUGGCUGGCUCUGAUGGCUAUCAUGGACCACACCUUCAAGAACCCCUACUAAUCUGUGUGUGUGUGUGUGCAAAUGGAAAUCCCUGUGGAGAGGACAUUGUUGGCAAAUAUCCCCUGUAAAAUGUGAUCUUUAAGUCUAACAUCACAUCAUCAGCAUACAUCAUGACUCUUUAGACAGUGAAAAUCAGACAAAUAAAUAAGCAUACUUGAAAACUUAA